AUGGAAGGAAUUAAUGAUUUCAAGACACCGAACAAAUUGUCUGAAAAAAGGAAAUCUGUAUUAUGUUCGACUCCAUAUAUAAAUAUCCCUGCCUCUCCAUUCAUGCAGAAGCUUGGCUUUGGGACUGGGGUCAACGUUUACCUAAUGAAAAGAUCUCCAAGAGGGCUGUCUCAUUCUCCUUGGGCUGUGAAAAAGAUUAAUCCUAUCUGCAAUGAUCAUUACCGAAGUGUGUAUCAGAAGAGACUGACUGAUGAAGCUAAGAUUUUAAAAAACCUUCAUCAUCCAAACAUCAUAGGGUAUCGUGCCUUUACUGAAGCCAGUGAUGGCAGUCUGUGCCUCGCUAUGGAGUAUGGAGGCGAGAAGUCUCUGAAUGACUUAAUAGAAGAGCGCAACAAAGACAGUGGACGCCCCUUUCCAGCCGCUGUAAUUCUCAGAGUUGCUCUGCACAUGGCGAGAGGGCUAAAGUAUCUGCAUCAAGAAAAGAAGCUGCUUCAUGGAGACAUAAAGUCUUCAAAUGUUGUAAUUAAAGGCGAUUUUGAAACAAUUAAAAUCUGUGAUGUAGGAGUCUCUCUGCCAUUGGAUGAAAAUAUGACUGUGACUGAUCCUGAGGCCUGUUAUAUUGGUACUGAGCCAUGGAAACCCAAAGAAGCGUUGGAGGAAAAUGGCAUUAUUACUGACAAAGCAGAUGUGUUUGCUUUUGGCCUUACUCUGUGGGAAAUGAUGACUUUAUGUAUUCCACACAUCAAUCUUCCAGAUGAUGAUGAUGAUGAAGAUGCAACCUUUGAUGAGAGUGACUUCGAUGAUGAAGCGUACUAUGCCGCUCUGGGGACCAGGCCAUCCAUCAACAUGGAGGAGCUGGAUGAAUCCUACCAGAAAGUCAUUGAACUCUUCUCUGUGUGCACUAAUGAGGAUCCUAAAGAUCGUCCUUCUGCUGCACACAUCGUUGAUGCCUUGGAACUAGAUGUCCAAUAAUGCUGUUGUGGUGGUCUAAGCAUGAAGCACAGCUUGUAUGUGAACUAUUGACUCAGUUGCAUUUAUUUAUUUAGUUACUGCAGUGGCUAGACACUGGAGGUGGUUUAUUUUAGGACCACUGUACUGUUAAUAUUUGCAUAAUUUUCCGACAUUUUAUAUAAGCAUUUAUUAUACUGGAUAGUCUGUGAAGUUUAAAAAACUCUCCAGGUACCUAGAUGCUGCCCCUGACUUAAAACACUAGUUACCCUGUCUGAGGCGACUUUAGAAUCAAGGGACCAUUGCUUUACUAAAGAUCUUUUUAGGUGUUCAUCAGUGGGUCAUGAAAAAUUUACCUUAUACAGUACAGAGUGAAUCUGCAUCUGUUCAGUGUCCAGCUAUAUAGCUGGCCUGUCGGUUCUGUGCUUAUUAAA